AUGGCCCCCCAUUCCUUGAACAAUAAACAGAGAAUGCUGUCAGCCACUACAGAACAUGAAUCCGUUGAGAAUCUAUCAUCACUGACAGAGCAUUUGCAUGCCACUGAUGCCAUGCCACCUAUGGCCUCAACCACUAUAUCCAGUGGCACACAUGCUUCCUCUGAGGAUCUGCAAAGAUGGUGGGACAACUCAGAUGAGGUAGACAACAUCAUACACAUGCUGAAAACAAGUGCUGUUGGUUUCUAUGGCAUGACUCUGCUGCUUGCCUCUUGCACUGAGUUCUUCCAAGGCAGCUUUUCUGGGGACAUCACAGUGGUGAAAGAAAGUGGUGAUGACAUGAUGGAACUGCUCAUCAGUGGGAUUUUUCAGAUUAGUCACCAAAACUUUUUCACAGGUCCAGAGGGAGGGUACAUGCUAUUGAGUUCUUUCAAGUGA